AAAACUCUGCUUCCUGAUCCCCUUCAGCAGCCGCCGGCAGUAGCCCCGGUAACCGGGCCAAGUUGAUGGCGGCGGAUGAUUCGGUUGUUUCUGCUCGGUGGCUGCACGAGCAAUUAGGGCAGCCUGAUGUUAAGGUGCUGGAUGCUUCCUGGUACAUGCCUGUAGAGAACAGGGAUCCAUGGCAAGAAUACCAGGUGGCCCGUAUCCCUGGAGCAUUGUUCUUCGACAUAGAUGGCAUAAUCGACAAGACAACUGAUUUGCCACACAUGCUGCCAUCAGAAGAGGCCUUUGCAGCAGCAGUUUCUGCACUUGAUAUAAAAAAUCAUGAUAAAGUUAUUGUUUAUGAUGGAAAGGGAUUUUUCAGUGCACCUCGUGUAUGGUGGAUGUUCAGAGUUUAUGGUCACAAUAAGGUUUGGGUGUUAGAUGGAGGUUUACCUCAGUGGCGAGCUUCUGGAUUUGAUAUUGAAAGCAACUGUCCUGCCUAUGCAAUUCUGAAAGCUAAAGCUGCUAAUAGUGCUGUCGAAAUGGUUUAUAAUGGUCAACUGUCGAGUGCUGUAACGUUUCAGACUCAAUUCCAACCUCAUCUAUUUUGGACACUAGAAAAGGCUCGAUUAUCCCCAUGGCUGUUGAGCUAUUUUGCUUGUGAACAGGUCAAGCAUAACAUGGCCGCACAGACUCACCAACAAGUUGAUGCCCGACCAAAGGGCAGAUUUGAUGGUGUAGCUCCAGAACCACGGGAAGGAGUAAGAAGUGGACAUAUCCCAGGGACCGCAAGUGUUCCAUUCGCUGAGAUGUUUGAUGGUGCACCAAUGCUUCUCCCUGCAGAUGAGAUCCGUAAAAAGUUUGAGCAAUCAGGGAUAUCCCUUGAUCGCCCCAUUGUAGUCUCUUGUGGAUCUGGUGUAACUGCCUGCAUACUUGCUCUGGGGCUCUAUAGGAUUGGGAGGCAAGAUAUUCCAGUUUAUGAUGGAUCUUGGACAGAAUGGGAAGCUCAACCGGAUCAUGAUUAUCCAAAAGUUACUUCCAGUUCUUAAAAGUUAAAACCAUCACCUCUGAAAUAAUGUAUCCAUCUGCUGAAUCUGCAGCUUUAUGUUUAGAUUGUCAGCAAGUUGAUCUCUCUGUGACAAGCUUAGCAUUUGAAUCAAUAGGGCAAUAGGCCGUGUGAAGUGUACUGUUGGCAAUUUUAUUAAGGCCAUAUUGUCAACCAUUAAACUUAAGAUCAUUGAUGUACCCAAUAUUAAUGUUAAAGAAUAAUAAACAUGCUGUUUUUCUUUUCGUUUCA